CGCCUUGUUGCAGGGAGGAAGCCUUUUGGCAGCGCUCCUGACGCUGUAGGCUGUGCGAGGAGGAGCGUGGGGGGCAGCGGCCUCGUCGAGCGCUGUUGGCUUCUUUGUUUUAUUAUUUUUAUACCCUGCCCUUCAAUCAAACUUGCCUACAAUAUGCACCAGCUGCUGUAUUUUUGCAAGACCUGCAACCGAUUUCCUUUUCACUGUUUAGUUAGAUCUAGCCCAAAUUGCUUAGGUACAUGGGCAAAAAAUAUACACUCUUCAUUAACCCGCAAAUGUGAAACUGAAGAAAAAUUGCAUUUGCAUGGUGAUGAAUACUUAAAUGGCCGAGUAGACAAUGAAGACUAUCAACAACGGCAUAUACCAGUUAUGGUUGAGGAAGUUGUUAAUUUUUUAGCGCCACGUAAAGGACAGUGUAUUCUUGAUAUGACAUUUGGAGCAGGAGGCCAUACCAAGGCACUUAUGCAAGAGGCAGCAGAUAUUAAAAUAUAUGCUCUUGACAGAGAUCCCACAGCCUAUCAACUAGCUCAGCGGCUUUCUGAAUCUCACCCGCAACAAAUCCAAGCUCUUCUUGGACAGUUUAGUCAAGCAGAAGCCUUGUUAACUUUGGCUGGAGUGCAGCCAGGGAGUCUGGAUGGAGUUCUUUUGGAUGCCGGUUGCUCUUCGAUGCAACUUGAUACUCCAGAAAGAGGUUUUUCCCUAAGAAAAGAUGGUCCUUUGGACAUGAGGAUGGAUGGUGGCAGGUAUCCUGACAUGCCCACCGCUGCUGAUGUUGUGAAUGCUUUAGAUCAACAGGCACUUGCGUCCAUCCUGAGAACAUACGGGGAGGAGAGGCACGCCAAGAAAAUAGCUUCAGCAGUUGUUCAGGCACGCAGCAUCUACCCCAUCACCAGGACUCAGCAGCUUGCCAGCAUUGUUGCAGGUGCUUUCCCAGACGCAGCUUUGUAUGCUCGAAAAGACUUGCUUCACAGACCAGCACAUGUUGCUACCAAAACAUUCCAAGCCUUGCGCAUAUUUGUCAACAAUGAGCUGCACGAACUAUUUGCGGGGCUAAAGGCAGCCGAGAAGUUUCUAAAGCCAGGGGGGCGACUUGUAGCACUUUCCUUCCAUUCGUUAGAAGAUCGUAUCAUCAAGCGGUUUCUUCAUGGAAUAGAUAUAUCAGAAAAAUUCAAUCUCAGUGUAAGGCAGAAGAUAAGGCAAGUGGAGAAGAAUUCUUCAGACGAGGAGGAGGAUGAAUUGUCCAGUGGAACUUCUAACUCAAGAUGGACCUCAAUACAGAAGAAAGUGGUCACUCCCCAAGCUAAGGAUAUUAAAGAUAAUCCAAGAGGACGCUCAGCAAAGCUAAGAGCAGCUAUUAAAAUGUAAACAUUUUUUUAAGCAGCAGAUUUGUAGCAUUUUUAAAAAGUUAGCCACACAUUAUUCCUACUUCCUUAAUUAAAUCAGAAUGCCAAAGAAGGGAACACCACAUGACUAAACAGCCUUUUUUUCUGCAUUGCUACAGAAAAAAUAUCUUUUGCAUAUACAGAUUAAAGGACAAGAAUAAAUUAUGUUAGUUUCUAUAUAACUCACCAUGAUAAUAAUCUGAUCUGAUCUGAUAUCUUCCCUCUACCCCUGGACAAAUACAAUAAAAAUGAAAAAAUCAUUAUUAUUACUUCCCCCUUUUGUAAUAAAGAGUCAAGUUAUUCCCAUUUUUCCUAAUAAGGAAUGUGUAGAAUCUGUUGUGAACUUAUUCUAAAUUAAUAAUGUUUUUCACAGAAAAUGAAUAGAUAGACAAUUUCUAGGAUGGAGUUUUCAGGAGGAUCCAAGAAUCUGCAGUAGGACUGGUGUUUAACUUACUAAUGGUCAAGGGAAGGAGCUCCACUUAUUCCUCGUGUAGCGAUAAUUUCAUCAGAAUGACAAUACACAUUAUCAGAGCUUAUUUGAAGAAUUGCAUUGAUCAGUCUUUCUCUGUCUGGGAGUGUAAACAUCUUUCAUGAAGGAAGGGAACAUGGAGGGCACUCGAGAGAUUUAAGCAAUUUAUCAUGUUGCACCAAUAAGCAGACAAGAGUCAUGGUUUUCUAAAGGAUGGGUAGUGAUCCUGUUACAGCUUCCAAGAGGAAGGAGAGCAAAUCCUUGACCAUAUUAUCAUAUAGAUAAUAUGAUAGUAGGAAUGCAGGUGUGCCAGAACCUUAGGGGGGAAAGUGAAAAGCAGGCAAGGAUUGUAGGAGCUGGGUGAGUAGUUUAUGGAACAAAGAAUAUAGGGAAAUAGCAUUCUAUACAGUGAUUGGGAGACGAUGGAAUAUCCUAGAUAAUUACCCCCCAAAAGCUAAAUUUUUGACGUUUGAGCACAGUAUAGCACAGCACGUUUACAAGAAGAAAAUCAAAUACGUCACUAUCCAGCACAGUAAGGCUAGUGAGAUGCAUACUAAUCAGGAACAGGCAUAUCUCUCUCAGCACUUGACAUGGCAGGGUUGAACUUGUGAUGGACUCCCAAUCCUAUAAAUCUCUUGCAGUGUGCUUUGUUAUUGGACUCAGAGGGCCCUUAUAUCCUGAUGGCUCACUCCAUGUUGUCUUCUUCCUUUCCAUAUCUAGCUUGAUCAAAUGAUCCCCCUGGAUUUUUGGCCCUUUUUCUUAUAUGACUCAGAGAGUGAGACAGAAAGUGACUCUUUUGGCCUGUUUCCCAGCUACUACUUGAUAGAGCUCCAAGCCAUUCAAAUGCUAUUCUUUGUCUUUGAGAGGAGAGUCUAGAAUUCUUUUACAUUCCUUCCAGAAAAGCCCUAAUCUUUUAAGUUUUUACUUUAUUCUACAGAUAUAUUUGGUGUAAAAAUGUCAAUCGUAGACAUAAUACAUAGGCAAUAUGAUCAACAUAGUGGGUGAUUUUUGAUCAUACUGCUCUUUUAUGCUGUAAGCCGCCCAGAGUGACUGGGGCAACCCAGGCAGAUGGCUGGGAUACAAGAAAUUUAUUAUUAUUAUUAUUAUUAUUAUUAUUAUUAUUAUUAUUAUUAUUUGGGUGGCAAAGUAGGCUUCUUCCUAGGAUUCCUUCCUCAUGCUAGAAGGAGGGAGGAAUAAUUUCUGCUCCAUUGUGUAUGUCCUAUCCCCAGGUAGCCAUAGAUGCACUGGAUGAUGGGGAAGAACUAGGAAGGUGGGGUGACUUACUGUGCUAUUCCUGGCAAAGGUCUGGUCUUCCCAUCCUCAGUAAAAUGGAAUAUGGCUUAUCACAAGGGAACAGGAUAUGAGUACCAAUCCCAAAUAUACACUCUCAUUGUAAUGACUGUUGGUUAUCCCCCUCUACUAGGAGUAUUGUUAUCAUAGGCAGUUACUAUUACAUUAGCAGAGUUAUUUGUGUUCAUAAUAUUUAGUUAUUUAGUUUUUUUAAUCCAUACUGCUUCAUUUUUUUAAAAAAACUUCAGCUACAUUGUGACUUUAUAAAAAUCAAACUUUUUCCUGUGGAUUAUCUAUAACAGGGGUGGCCAACUUCCAAGAGACUGUGAUCUACUCACAAAGACUGGCAGUGAUCUACCCCCUUUUUUGGGUUCAGAUCAAAGUUGUUGAGCUUUUUUUUUAGGGGAGCCAAACUUAUUGAGCUUCUUUGGGGAGAGCCAGUGAUCUACCAGUGAUCUACCACAGACAUCCAGUGAUCUACCUGUUGGACAUGCCUCAUCUAUAAGAUCACAGUGACAUUGUUGUUACUAUUAUUAUUUAAAUGACUUUAGGAGAACCUGGAAGACAAAGCAAACAAUGUUGUUUCAUUGAAUUAUGAGAGAAGGCAGUAAUUGACUGUCACGGCACACUAAAUCAUCUACUCUUGAAGAAAAUUGGUAAUAAUCUGCUUUAUCUUGACAGACCUUUUGGUUAUGGCUAUCACUCGCUCAUUUAAGCAAGUUAACAUUUGCACUGUUAAUACAUAAUAAAAAUUUCUGUCAAAUGGGUUAUUAAAAUAUCACAACCCUUUAAAAUUUAUUAAUUUGGCUGUCGUAAAUCCAUUUCUUCAAAGUGCAAGAACUAAUAUGACUCACGGUAUCUUUGCUUGAACCUGCUCAAUGAAUGUCAAUUAAUUCUGCCUAUGACAGUAAUUUUGAAAUAUUCUGGGGGCUGCAUGUCUCAAUUCUAGAUCUGUGUUGUGACUCAGAGCUGACUCAAACAUGCAGAACAUACAGUAGAGCUCUAGACUAUACCACUUCAGAUAUCAGAGUGACUUCAUCCCAGUAAUAAUAUUUUGGCUUAAUAAGCCAAGAUAGAAGCUGCUUCACAGCGCAAGCAAGCAAAACAGAAAGUCUUCCAUUAGCCACAGUUUACUAUUUUGUAUGAGCUGGGAAACUGGUUAACAAUUUCAGAACAAGGCAGGCUAUUAAACCAUAGUUUGAAGCCAAUUUAAGAUUCUGGCUUGUUCUGAACAUUGUAGCCAUUUGGACCAAAUGGGAAACUGAUUUGUUAUAGGCUUCCUUCUUCGUGCAAAGGGCCUUAAUGUGCAGGGUGAGGAACUGUGCUCACUUCGGCAGCACAUAUACUAAAAUCGGAAUGAUACACAGAAGAUUAGCAUGGCCCCUGCGAUGCCGAGAUGGCAAGACUAACAGGAAAUUCGGAAUCAGCAGGACCAGACUUUUCUAAAGGAAUGGAAGAAGUUUUCGACAUAUCUGGAAAGCAAUUGUAAUCAAUUGACAUCACUUGUAGGGUUAAAAUAAGUUUUGUAAGGAGUAAUUUAUAAAUUAUUGUGAAGAGAGUUAAGAAUAGAUGUAUUGGCGGCUUCCAACAGAAUAUUAAAAUACAAUAAUUUAUUAAACAUUGAAAGCUUCCCUAAACAGGGCUGCCUUCAGAUGUCCUCUAAAAGUCUGGUAGUCGUUUUUCUCUUUGACAUCUGAUGGGAGGGCGUUCCACAGGGCGGGCUCCACUACUGAGAAGGCCCUCUACCUGGUUCCCUGUAACUUGGCUUCUCGCAGCGAGGGAACCGCCAGAAGGCCCUCAGCACUGGACCUCAGUGUCCAGGCAGAACAAUGGGGGUGGAGACGCUCCUUCAGGUAUAAUUAUAGCAAUAAUUAUAGUAACAAAAUGCAUAAUUAGAAAGACUUUAGAAAACCAUCAGUUGAGGUUGAAGGAAGUCUCAGGCUGUGACAGCCAAAAAUUUUGAAAUGAUAUUUAAAAGGAUGUUAUGCUGGAAAAUACGUGUAAAAACUAAUAAAAAAUUAUAUAAAUUAUGUGUCAACGAGUCCCUGGGGUUCCUGUUCUCAAUGCUUCUCCAAAUAACUUGAAAUAAAAUUUGCACAUCUUCCCACCCAAGUAAGGUGCGCUGAAACCUGGAAACAACUUGUACAUCUCACUGGUAAGUUAGCAUCACCAAAAAGAGAUUUCCAUGCAGCUUUCAUAUGUUAAUUUUAUAUGAACUGAUGCAAAUUUAUAAGUAAUUAUUGUACGUUAAAUAAAUACACAUCUCACCAUGACUUGCUGUCCAGGUGUUAAAAGUGUCGAUGGGCAAAUUGAAGGUCCCUGCUCUCCCUUUUUUUGCUUCUUUAUCUUGGGCCAGAUAGUCUUUCACAUACAGGACACUUUCAAAUACAGGAUUGUCCUCAUGGCCACCCUACUCAUUGAAGGGAUGAGAUGUGAAAGCUCUUAUUCCAGUCAUGAUGGCCAAGAGCUAGGAAACACAACUGAAGGUCCCUGCGUUCCAAAAUAACCAGGUAUGGUCCUAGGCACAGUAUGCCCUAGGGGACAUGAGAAGGUGAGGCGGCAAUCAUUGAACAAACUGACACUUGGGAUUGAAAUUUGCCACAACUUUAUUGAUUACAGAUGUAGGUCGGCUUUGGCUUGGCAUUGGGUUUGCUUCCUGUUUAAUACUACUGUUGGUUGGAUCGUGCCUGGGAAGGGUCACCUCAAGAUAUGGGUCAGUUAAGCCACCUGGGCCACCAUCUGUAAGUUUGCUCAACUGUUCCCUUCCAGGCUUCAGGAAAGAAGUCUCCAGGUCCCUUUACUGGGGUACCGAGAAAUAUUGCACCUACUGGGGGAAAAUGGGGUGAUGCACCACUUCCAGAAAAUGGACUACAAGAUUCAGCCCAAUGCCUUAUCUGCCACACAAGCCAGCCAUCACUUCCCCGGCUCACCAUCAAAUCCGCCUACGGCUGCAACCAACUUUGCAGGCCCCAAUAUAUGUCUAGCAACCCUUUUUCAUUGCAGGCAGGUGAUAAGUGCGCACCAUCUGGGCGAUAUGAGUCCUUUUCGUCAAAAAGGAUGAUGCCGCUGCCCAGGCACACAGCUUGCUUAUCAAGCUGCAGCAGUGGACCAGAGUGAGGACUUGCUCCCUCCAGUUCACCGGUGAAUCCCUUCCACCCAAAAGGCUGUGACUGACCAAUUCAAACUGGAGAUUUUGGCAGGCAAUCCCAGCUUUCUUCACGGCCAGCCUCAAAGGAGGGAGGGAUUGCCCUCCCCACGUCCUGCGGGGUUGCAGCAAUCACCCAACAAAGGGGUAGGUGAUCAUCUCUGCUCUUUGUGGGCACACCUCCGUACCUACUUGUUUCUAUAUUUGUGUACAUGGCUCUUCACAGAGUCACAUAUACAAAAUAGAUGCCUCUUUCCUGAUGAAUCUAAACUUCACCUGUGAGGGAAACAGGCAGGAGAAGAGGAGAAAGGGGUGAUGCCUCUGCAAAGAGACUUGAAUUUCCCAAAGUGCAGAAAAUCAUGAGUAUUCCCAUGUUCACCCAUUUCUGUUUUUGCUAUCUAAAUGUAACAUACUAUUCCAUCUUAUUAGACCACAUACAACAUUGUUGUUGUUGUUUAGUCGUUUAGUCAUGUCUGACUCUUCGUGACCCCAUGGACCAGAGCACGCCAGGCACUCCUGUCUUCCACUGCAUCCCGCAAACUCAUGUUCGUAGCUUCGAGAACACUGUCCAACCAUCUCAUCCUAUGUCGUCCCCUUCUCCUAGUGCCCUCAAUCUUUCCCAAACAUACUA